AACACAGUAUAUAACUUUGGCCAUGUGAACAAAAAGUGUCCAAAACACACAACCCAAUCCCUUGACAAAGAAAUCCUCUUCUUUCUUUCUUCUUCUUCUUUCUUCUCUCUCAAAACAUCCCUUUGUUACUGCUACCACAUUUCUUGCACACCAAAAUUCCCAUUGCAUAUCUAAGGUCUCCAUAGCCAAUGAUGGCUCCAUGCGGCCUGAAAUUCGCAGUCACUCUGAUUUUGAUAUUUUCUCUCUCAUUUCUGCCAUCCAAAUCAGCGGGGUUGCAAUGGUCAAGUCUGAAGCAGAGGAAAAUGCUGAUAGGAUCAAGACCACCUGGGUGUGUGAACAAGUGCAUGAGUUGCAGGCCUUGCAUGGCUACUCUGGUGAUUAUUCAUCCUCAUGACAACAACAAAAGAGGCGAAUUCGCAAAGAUAUCGGAUUCAGUAUCUCGCAGAGAAGAUGACGACCCUUACUAUCUCCUCUCAUGGAAAUGCAAAUGUGGAGACAAGCUUUACCAGCCUUGAUUCUCAUACAUUUGUGGUACAAUGUAUUUUGUUUUAUUAUUUGUACGAACUAUGAUAUGUUUGUAUGUACAGUUGGUUUUAAUGGUAUAAAUGAUUCCCCGAA